AAUAUUCUCUCUGACUACCUGCUGUGAAUGACGUUGGGAAUGACGCUACUCCUUCAUAUCGUUUUGCUCUCAUUGUGGAUCUGUUUCCGGUCAGCUCAGUCCGUUGCGGAAGACUUGAACGGUAACAUUGGCGUUGGAAUUUUGUUUAAGACAAUAAACAAAAUGCUUUUGAAAUUGUUAACAUCUAUAAGGCAACACCGUAUGUACUGCGUCCGCUAUUGUCAUAGAUGUUUGUUAAGGAGUUUAUUUGGUGUAGAGAUUGAUUAUGAAGCUGUCGCCAUUUAGUUUCUAAUGUGCCGUAUUCAGCUAUUAGAGAUGUCGGCAUUGAUGCUUGUGAAUGAAAGGAUUUGGUGUAGAGACUAAUUGUGUAGCGGCUGCUAUCUAGUUUGUUUUGGUUAACGUUUUGGCUUUGAGAGAUGGCGCGUGUAUUACUCUUUUUAAUGAACGCGAACAAGUACCGUUAAAUUAAUAUGUAGGGGGUGACAGGUGAGAAGGCUGCUCUUUAGGCUUCCACUUUUAAGGGACAAUUAGUGUGGCUCACUGCAAAGGAAAGGUAAUUUUUAAAGGGCUUCUGCAAGGGUGAAGGGUGACACAUACAAAUGCUAUGUUUUUGACAGUCGCAGAGAUUAUAUACAAUUUUUAAAACACUUUAAAUCUAAUUAUCUAAAAAGAAAAGGAAAGACAAGAGCCACUUUCUCUUUUUUUUUUGGGUUGAUAAUUAUGAGUUAUCUGCUCUUAGACGUGUCAACUCAAUGCUAUAUCAUAUUCUUGUUACAUAUGAUAACAUCAAAUACUGCCACCAUUAACCUUUAUCAAAUGAACAUAAAGGCUUUUCCCCAGUUUCAUACACAUGUCACCUGUUCAGUUAAUUAUUUAAUUAUGGUAGACACAAUGUCAUGUGAAAUAAUGUAAACAAGAGUGAUCAAAAAGAAGUCACAAACAUAACAUAUUGAUACUUUUUCUCUCUGUGUAGCUCCGUCUGAAGCACUUGCGAAUUUAGUAUAUCUCCUCAAUGGCCAGUUCACCAAUUUGGCCACCCUGGCCAAGGACGAGUAUGGCCGCCUGGUCAGACCGGACUACCUCGUUGAGUGGGACAUACAGUCAGUGGCACUUAACUUUUUUGACCCGGUAAUUUAAAAACAAAAUGUGUAACUUUUUUUUUUUUCCUUCUGCCUCUUCAUCAAUAUAUUUUGUUAAUCAUCUGGCAAGAAAGGUUUAAUGAACGCGCGCACAUUUCUUUCUGGGGAGUGCCAUCGAUUACAUGAGUCAGAUGUAUUUGGCAGCUCAUGGACUCGGUAUUUUUCAAUUAACUUUCGAUAAACGCACAAAUGAAAUCCAGAUAAAAACAUAUAUAUAUAUCCCAAUUAUAUUUAUUGUUAAACAGAUAGCCGUGACGUCAUUCACCGAAAUAGACAAUCAAACAACUGAAAUGCUAAAUUAAAGACUUUAGAGCAGGCGCGCACAACUCAAAAUGUAAGGUGGGCCGUAAUACUUUAGGAACAAUUUGUGCGGGCCAGAAGGCAAUUGGACAGGGAGGAAAGCUAUGAAUAAGAUAAUAAUAUAAGUAAUAUUUCGAUACUUCGCGGGCCGCAAAGUGGGUGCUGGCGGGCCGAAUGCGGGCCGUAUGUUGUGCUUGCCUGCUUUAAACCUUUCUCGUUAUCUCUGUGAUUAAACUUGGGCGGAUGUAUAGUAAUAAGCUCUGUUUUCAGUACACGCUACCGACAUGAUCUAUGAUCUUGUAUUGAUCUUAUCAAGAAUAUAGCAAUAAUGUAAACAUUGUUCUACAGUUGGGAAUUUUGAAGUUCAUGAGAAUUGAAUUUCAUUGUUUGAGUAAACUAAACUUAUGUCGAGGUAUGUGGGAGUUUACUUUCCACGAAGUGAUUUGUCUCACUAUCUGAAGACUGGCAAGUUACCUUCCACGCAAUUCUUGUCUCUCUUACUGAAGUCUGUGUCUGUCUAGCAUGUUACGUUUGUAGACUGACUGCUGUCGUCUCCUAUAACUCUUGGAACAUUAUUUAUUAAAAUAAAAACCAGACUGUUUCACCUGGUAAUCACACGUUCAAGUGGAAGUCCACUGCACAGGUGUGUUUGAGCCUGCCGCCGUAUACUAUUACAAUGAUAAAUAGUAUCUAAUUUUAUAACGUUAAUAUUGAACAUCUAUUUUUUAAUUUAAAGGUGACUACCAUAUACUUGGAGGAAAAUAUUGGAAAGAAACCCCUGUACCGUCAGAUUAUUACAAUAAGAGACAUUGGUAACGGACUAUUUCUGCUACACCCCUACAACAUAAAGGACGAGUUCUUCUCACAGUAAGAGAGUUGUUCAUUGCUGCGUGUGUUGUAAAUGUAGUUAGCAGAUGCACAUUUAGCAUAUGUAUAGUUCGCAGAUGUACAGUUAGAUGUAUAGUAAGUAUAUGUAUAGUUAACAUAAGUAUAAUUAGCAGAUGUAUAGUAGCAGAUGUAUAGUUUACAUAUUUAUAGUUAGCAGAUGUAUAUUUAGCAGAUGUAUAGUUAACAAAUGUGAAGUUAACGGGAUGUAUAUUUAACGGAUGUACGGUUAGAUAAUGUUGACUUGAAAAUGUACAGCAAGUAGACGUCUAGUUAGCAUAUGUAUUGAAGUCUGAUGUAUAGCUGUAAGACGCAUAACCAUUUUAAAGUAUAGUUAAAUGUUAAAGGUUCAAUUUUAGCUAGAGAUGUUUUUAAAAAGGACGUGCUGAUAAUUGAAUUUUUCAUAUCGCCUAUUAGAUUUAUUUCAUAAUUUCAUUACCAGUGGCGAAGCCCAACCACAAAGAGAGUUUUCAUCUCUUAAAAUGGAAGACCUGAGUGAACUGACCGAAUGUGACACAUUCGUGCAGCAGAUAGACACGGCAUUGUACAUGGGAUUCUGGCCGACAUGUAAUCCUGGGCAACAUGAUGUAAGAGAACAUAUUUGUAUGGAGUUUACACCACGUCUAUUCCACACUUUGACGCCAUCUAUGCCAUCUAUGCCAUCUAUGCCCUCUAUGUCAUCUAUGCCAUCUAUGCCAUCUACGCCAUCUAUGCCAUCUACGCCAUCUAUGCCAUCUAUGCCAUCUAUGUCAUCUAAUCUAUGUCAUCUAUGCCAUCUAUGCCAUCUAUGCCAUCUAUGUCAUCUACGCCAUCUAUGCCAUCUAUGCCAUCUAUGCCAUCUAUGUCAUCUAUGCCAUCUAUGCCAUCUAUGCCAUCUAUGCCAUCUAUGCCAUCUAUGCCAUCUAUGACAUCUUUGCAAUUUAUGCCAUCUACGCCAUCUAUGCUAUCUAUGCAAUCUACGCCAUCUAUGCCAUCUAUGCCAUCUGUGCCAUCUAUGCCAUCUAUGUCAUCUAUGAAAUACAUCUAUGCCAUCUAUGCCAUCUAUGACAUCUCUGCAAUUUAUGCCAUCUACGCCAUCUAUGCUAUCUAUGCAAUCUACGCCAUCUAUGCCAUCUAUGCCAUCUGUGCCAUCUAUGCCAUCUAUGUCAUCUAUGAAAUCUAUGCCAUCUAUGCCAUCUAUGCCAACUAUGCCAUCUUUGCCAUCUAUGCCAUCUAUGCCAUCUAUGCCAUCUAUCCCAUCUACGUCAUCUACGCGAUCUGUGCCAUCUAUGCCAUCUAUGCCAUUUAUGUUAUCUAUGCCAUCUAUGCCAUCUACGCCAUCUAUGCCAACUAUGCCAUCUAUGACAUCUAUGCCAUCUAUGCCAUCUAUGCCAUCUAUGCCAUCUACGCCAUCUCUACAUGGAUCAGAGAGUUUGUUUGUCAGAUUCCCGUUUAUUUAAAAACAAAACCUCUUGACCGGUCUCUUCCAAGGUCACGUAUUUUAUGAUCAGUGACGUGACAAAGGAAUCAGACGCUUAUGUCAAUGAAGACAACGUUAGUGUCUAUGUUUUUUUUUACAAAUCAUAGACACAGGCAUUCAGAACACAUUCCAUGUCUGUGUUGAGGCAUUUUGAGUAGGGGGGGGGGAUCGGAUGGGGGUGAGUGGAGAGCUGUUCCACAACAUGCUUUUUUUUUAUUUGGAGCUAGGUCUUUAGUCUCCUGUAAUGUGAACAAUACAGCACAAAAUCUGAAUACCAAUGUAAUGAGGCACUUGACCCGAUUUGAUUAUUCCACGAACAUUUCAGCAGCACUCGAUUAUCUAGUUUUUUUGUGACCAGUGUUAUAAAAUUUACUAUUUAGGCUUUAAAAUAUAAUAUUUUGUUGUUAAGUAUACUAUUUAAGUUAUAAAGGAUAUUAUUUAGGCUAUAAAUUAUACCAUUUAGGUUUUAAAGUAUACUUUUUAGCUUAUAAAGUAUACUUUUUAGGUAGUAAAGUAUACUAUUUCGGUUUUAAAGUAUACUAUUUAGCUUAUAAGGUAUACUACUUAAACCCUUACGCACGAUGCCUAACCAUAUUCAGUUCUGACCCACAAAAGUUAGAGUUGGAUUCUUCAUAUUAUUUGCUUUAAAAGAUUAAUCAUAUGACAAUCAAUAGAGGUUGUUGUCAUUUUGAUCGGACUAAAUGCCCUUACAAGAAGUCAUUCCUGAAUCUUUUUUGACAAUACCAGACACUACUUUUCUUCUUCUCCAUAUGUGUGGCCAGUUUGACGUAUCCUUGACUUUGAGUUGUCACAUGGCAGCUUACAUUGGCUACCCGAGGAACACAACAAAGAGUGAGAGAGAGGUGGUGCCCAUGAGGAAAAUAACAACACCGUAAGUAUCUUUGAUGGACGGACGGCUCUGAAUGGAUGAUGUUUUAAAUUUAUCGGUAAAUAUCAGCUGUUUUUUUUUUUUUUUGCUAAUGAAUCGCUAUGUUCCGCUAUUGGAAAAAAAACCCAACAAAUCUAAUUAAAUUAUUGUAUAAAAUAUGUUAAGUUUAUCAGAUUCAGUUCAAAUGACAUACCAUCCAGUAGAUAGAUGAUCCAAUAGACCCAUGUACACCUGACAUUCCAAAUGAAAGCCCAACGACUAAAUCAAGAAUGAAGAGGGAGUUGGUGGGUGUGGCAAACAAAACAACCCGAUAUCAAAAGUAAUGUUCUUUGACAAACUUUAAAAUCUGAUUGAUCUCCAUCGUCUUUAACUAGUUUUCUUUUUUUUUAGGAUUAUAAAGCCAUCAUAUAUCUUUACUUAGAAACGUUUUAUCGAUUUCUGAUCUGCUUCUAACGAAAACUUAUUUUAAAAACAAAUCGUUCAAAUGUGUAUUCUCCGGGACACCAAUGCGUUAGGAUAUAAUUAAGAUUUAAUUAUGUCGCCGUCAUGAUGUCACUAGGAUAUGAUUAAGCUGUAUGUUAUUUUGCUGGCACCAUGACAUUGCGAUAAAGGUAAGCUGUCUUCAUGUUACCUGCCAAACCCUGGCUCAGUGAGCCAUGACGCCAGCUGGCUCACUCAGAAGUUGACAAGCGGGCUGGCAACACAGGACAACUGUUUUUUCAAACACAAUGGGACCACCCCCCACCUGCUCCCCCACACCACAUGCGCUCAGAGCCAAUCAACCAAACUUACAUAAUAAAUGUCAAGUAAUAAAUGUGAAUAAAUAGAUCUCGAACGUAAACGAUAUCAAUAUUCAACUUCCAAUAUCCUUUUUUUAAAAUAUGUAUGGCGGUAAGGGGGUUCCCAUUAAAAUUUUUCCACCGGUUUUGCUAAGCAUUUACACAUGUCUAUGGAUAUAUAUUUACUAUGAAAUUGAUUUGUAAGUAAACUAAUUGUACAUAUAUCUGAUUAAGUUAGUUGUUCCUUAUUUCCUUACACCAAAGAUCGUUAUUCUUCCUCCAGAUAUCCACCUCCUUACACGGUGAUGGGGAGUGACCUCUACACCAACCCGUGUGAGGGUGGCAGUUAAAAAUGUCGGGGCCAACAGUUUUAAAGAAAACAAACGAUUUAUUUAAAUUAGGUUUUCAUGCUAUAAUCGUCCGUUGAUUAGCUGCUUUGAAAAUCCUUUUCCAUUAUUCUGAUGCCCAUGUUUCACAUCUAUGAUUUUUUGAUUCGCACAUGACUCUAUUAUUAUUAAUAAACGAUGUGAUAUGUAAGUGUGUCCGCCCAUGACUUUAUUUAUUAUUAAUAAACGAUGUGAUAGAUGGGUGUGUCCGCUCAUGACUCUAUUAUUAUUAAUAAUCGAUGUGAUAGAUGGGUGUGUCCGCCCAUGACUCUAUUUAUUAUUAAUAAACGAUGUGAUAGAUGGGUGUGUCCGCUCAUGACUCUAUUUAUUAUUAAUAAUCGAUGUGAUAGAUGGGUGUGUCCGCCCAUAACUCUAUUUAUUAUU